AAAAUACAGAAAAACAAAGUUAUAUCUCAAGUGACGUGUCGCGUUCGUGACCCGAGUUCAUAAUCGACUAUAAAUAAUGAUAUAAUUCAUUGAACAUUGUGCAAUUUUAUCACAAGCGAAAAUAGUUUAUAAGACAGCAUCGAAUUUUGUAAAUUGUUUGUCCAACAAUAACAUCCAUAUAUUGAUUUAUAUACAAUUAGAUUAAAAACAAAUAUAAAUAAAAAGUAUAAAGUAGAACUAUCACUUAUAUACCAACUUAUGUACGUCGUGUAAAAUCAUGUUCUAUGUCAAUAGUGUUUGUUUUAUGUUAAUAUUUUCGUACGCCCUAAGUCAAACAACGAAUUGUAAUGACGAGAACGCAUUGAUUGCGUUCAAACAGCCGACAUAUGAUUUCUCGGUGAGAAUUCUGGACAAAGUUGCUACUGAGACCGGCUUCCAUUUCGUGUUCUCCCCGUUUUCGACCUGGUGGCAAUUGAUGACCCUGGCCGAGGGCGCCCGAGGGAAGACUCGCAGCGAGCUGUGGAAGGUUACGAGAUACCACCGCGUGAAGUGUUUCAGACGCAAGUACAAAGAGAUCAUCAAUGCUAUGGACGAGGAGCUGGCUUACAUGACGAAGAGAACCAACAUAGUCAUCAUGAACAAACUCUUGAACGUUAAAAAGUCAUACGAAGACGAAGCGAGGAAGUCGCAUGCGAACAAGAUUUUGUCUUUGAAUUUCAACAAUCCAGUGGAUUCUGCAAUAGAAGCUAAUGAUUUCAUAGAAACUGAUGUAGACGGAGUCAUCACGAAAACUGUGACUCCCGAAGACUUCAACAUGACCGUGCUCAUGACAACAGACUUAGCGUAUUUCAAGAGCGAUUGGCUGCACGCUUUCAAUCCUGUGUACACUUCCGUAGAGAACUUCUACAAAUCCUCAGUUCCUAUCGGAAAAGUGAAACUAAUGACUCAAAUGGGAUACUUCAAUGUGACUGACGUUCCGAUAAUCAACGCCCGGGUUGUGGAACUGCCUUUCAAUUCAAACGGCCGGGUGUCCAUGCUGGUGUUCCUACCGACAAAAGGCUAUGUGGAAGAUUUGUUUUACAAUCUGAGUUACAUCAGACUGACAUCGAUAUACAAUUUAUUUAAAGCGGUUGGACCCAAAUUGUUAACAGUCAGAAUACCGCGCUUUAAAAUUACCACAGAGCUACAAAAUAUACCGGAGUUGGUCUACGAUAUGGGUGUGAAGAGGAUUUUCUAUCCCGAUCUCGCUAACUUCGGUGGCAUCAGUGAUUAUAAAGUGCACACGUCUCUCAUGAAGCAGACAACUCACAUAGAAGUGAUAGAGGAAGGUGUGAACGGAGAAGUCGAGUUUCUGGUGAGAAAUGAUGAGCAGGAAAUUUUCUCAGCGGAUAGACCGUUCGCGUAUCUCAUAGUGGAUAAGAAAACUGAUCUCAUACUGUUCGCUGGCAUGUACACACGGCCGUCGGUUUACUAAAUAAAACAUACUAUUUCUGUGAAUA